AUGAGCGCCGCUGAUACGAAAGUUGCCGUAACCACCGAUGAGAACUGGAAGGCCGGCCUCGUUCUGCCCGCUAAGGAUAAGCGCUUCAAAAUCGCGGAUGUUACUGAUACUAAAGGAGUGGAAUUCGAGGAUUUCUGUCUUAGUCGUGACUUGCUCAUGGGCAUUUUCGAGAAAGGAUGGGAAAAGCCGAGUCCUAUUCAGGAGGCUUCCAUUGGUGUCGCUUCGAGAAUUGAAGCAAAUUACCUGUCUGUGAAAAUUAAUGGUGUCGACGAAGUCCGGCUUCAACAUGGAAUAAACAUUCUAAGAAAUCGCCAAGAACACAAAUUAUAUACACUGCUAUUUAAAGAGUAA